AUGUCCGCCGAAAGCCCCGGCCAGAAACCAGGCCUCCGGUCCUUCUUCUCCAAUGCUCUACGACCCAAGAAAUCGCGCCAAACCCUACGGAAGGGCAGUCGCUCCACGACCGACCUGCGGCUAGCUAUACGUUCCAGCGUCGACGAGGCCCCACCCCCAAUGCCUGACAUUGCGCCGCUACAAGCACACCGGAUCAAGUACAAGGAAGUCCAUGCGAACCUAGACUCGCAAUUGGGCGAGCGCCGCGAUUACACGACCAUGAUCCACACGCUAGGCGUGCUCGAGCCCGAGGACAGCUACGGACCGGCCCAAAUUGAAGGUGAAUUUCGGGAGCCCGGGGAAGGCGAUAUCGCAAAGCUAUCACCGACGCUGUGGGCGCGCAUCGUGGAAUACCUGGACCCCGCGGAGGCGGCGAGCCUUGCAAUAGCUAGCAUUACUCUGUACCGCCGGCUGGGCCCGGGGUUCUUCCGCGCGCUGGAGAUGCCCGAGAACUAUGAACACAAGAUCCAGUUUCUGGUAGGGCUGGACCGCUCGCUGCCGCAUCACCUCUUGUGCUUUCCGUGCGGCCGGUUCCAUCGGCGCACGCAAGAAGGCCAGGAACGCAUGCGACCCGCGCACGUCCUCAACCCGCUCUUCAACUGCCCCAACGCGCAGAACUCGCUCAAUCCUCCUCCGCGCCACCGCAUUACGCACGGGCGCACGAUGCCCUUUUCGUUCGUGCAGCUGACGAUGCGCGCGCACCGGUUCGGCCGCGGCUAUGGCGUCCCCGCCGAGGAUCUGGGCCGUCGGUGGCAGCGGGAUGGGUGGUCGCACAGUUCACGAUUCUAUAUCAACGAGGGCCGGCUGCUGAUGCGGGUCACAAGCCAGACAUUUGCGACCCCCGCGCUGUCACCGUCGCAGCAGCGGAUGCUACUCUAUUCGCGCGAGGACUAUUGGCCGUUCUUCUCGGCGUGCGCGCAUUGGCGGGACGGUGAGCUCAUGACGGCGUGUAAAUGCGCGCUAGACCACAUUCCCGCCCCGCGCUCCACGGGCGGCCUCCAGCCGCUUGAGCACAAGGUCAAGGACAGGUGGCAGGGGCGGACAUUUGAUCCGAAUGCGCUGACGACGCUGUGCGGCUUCUGCCGACCCAUGCGCCGCUGCCCCGAGUGUCCAUCGGAGUACUUGAUUGAAGUCAAGCUCUCGGAGGACCGGAGUGACCAGCGCGGAACGGUGUUCAAGCAGGCGAUCGUCGUAACCCGCUGGACGGAUCUGGGCGACGGCACGGUGCCGAGUCAUCUAGAAUGGGCCGCAAUCAAUGGCAAACGCGAUGACUACGACUCUUUUAAGCACUAUGAGAAGCGCGGCAUUGCGAGUAUCUUCGAGGCUGCUUUUACGGCGGACACUUUGCCGGGCCAGAGAGUCAUUUCAAUGAAUCCGAAGCAUAAUAAGAAAGGCGAGGACGGUAAUGAUUGGUAUUAG